AUGUCUGAGGCCACGAGGACCCGAUCCCUAACGCCACCGACCGAAGUCCAGCGACUCACAGAUCCCAAUACGUCGGCCUACAAGCAAACGGCUUUGCGACGCUACAGUUCCGCGGACAAACUUACCGAGACGUCUCGCAGCCUCAGAUCUCGCUCUUCAGAUUCACCGCCGACCAACAUCCGAAUCGAUUUCUGCUGCCCUUCCCAGGCCGACCUCGCGCUGAACCGCACGGCCGCCGAGAAGCCAGCAAUGCUAUCAAACUUCUUCCACCCGACCAAAGUUACUACAACUCGAAUUCGAGAGCCAUCUAACGCUACUGUUGACUUUGAAGACACACCCCUACCUAGCGCUCAACAUUCUAUGAGGGACAUGUCGCUGAAGAAGCCCGAAAAGGAUGUCGCUUCAAGUUUUUCUUCGGCAAAAAGUGGUAGCUUUCGACAUGCGCUCCUAAAGACCGCCUCCGGACGCCCGAUCCACGAGAACAAGUCGAAGAUUGCCAUCCCAUCAAGGAAGUUUUCGCCUACACAGAUGGUAGAUAAUCCUGCACCAACUAUCCCUCAGCAUCUCAUGGAGAACACGACCAAUUUCGACCCCUACUUCCCCCGGGAAACUGUUUGUGUUGAUCCUCUAAUCCACCCGGACGAAUCUCACACCAAGGCCCACCAUCGCGGCCUCCUGAAAGGUGCCGACUUUUGCAACACUGGUGUGCCUGGACAACCUGUUGCUCAGCUACCAGAGACAUCCAGCUUAUCCUCGUUGACGUCAUCUGCUUCUUCGCAGGCGGAAGUUGUCCAUGCCAAGGUUCGCCGAGCCAUGACUGGAGAUGAUCUCUGUCUCUCCACAGUCGAAGUCACCGUCCCAAAACAUGAUGGACACAGUCAUGCCAUGAAGGUUCGGCCAGCUUUCAAUCUACCAACCUUCCAGUACCCCAGCAUAGGUCGCCAACAGCACUCUCCUCUCGGAGUUUCCAAGGUACGGCCGUUUGACCCGGCCAAGGAACACCUGCUGCCCGAAAGAUAUAUCAACAAAUCGACAGUCAUCGAGGAGAACAGAGACGGAUCGGCCAACAUACCAGUCUCCAAGGUGCGUCCCUUUGCCCAGGAACCCCCCGAGCUGAAUCACCACGCUGGACAUCAAAGCGUCUCAAAGGUUCGGCCUUUUAGUGACGAAUCCGAAAAUGGCAAGCGGAAAAACCAAGAUGCGUACUUCGCUGUCGGUUCAGAUGAAUCGGCAAGUGAUGGGUCCACCAGAGUUCCCAAGCCACGUUCCGAAAGCACAUCUCGCUCCCGAGCAAGCACCAUCGACUAUAAGCGCACUACUCAGUGGCUUCGGCAUUUGUUGAAGAACCCUGAGGCUCAUACCGCCAAGUUGACAGAAAAGCCGUCCAAGGUCAAAAGAGCGUCCUAUAUUUCAUUGAAGGCCUCUAGGGAACAAAGUCCAAUCCCUCGGAAGAUGACUCGCCACCCGACCCUCCCACCUUCUGAUGUUGAGCAAGGCUUCUUCCAAAGUACCUUUGGAGAGUUAGAACGGCUCCUUCAAGAAGCUUUAACGCUGGCUUCUCGAGUUGCUGACGACGAAGAGGCAAAGUCUCCAGAAUCUGUGCAACCCCCGCGCCAUGUCUCAACGGAAGCGGCGGCCUAUGAUAACUCCUUACAGUUUUCUGAUAUCGACUUAAACGACAACAGUAUAUCAAAAAAAACACUUUUCAAGCGCGCUGCUACAUUUCCGCAUGCUGGGCAACCAGGAAUCAGUUUUGUAGACGAUCUCUACCGCAAUAUCUCUCUCACUCCGCAGACGGUAGAACUUGAGAACAUGCUUGACCACAAGAAACCGUCAAUUGUCAAGAAAACUAAUCGCAGAUACAAAACGCGGUCUCGACAAGCUGCGCCUGUGCCAGACAGAAUUUCGAGCAGGAAAAGGAGCAAGAAUGGAAAGAAAUCGAAGCACACAAGUCCGAAGGAGAUCGUCGAGCAACUCCCGACAGGUUCAGAGUCUAGCAUGGACGGAUCCGAUGAAUCCUCUGCAGUCAACUUGUCGACUCGAAAUCAAGCUCAAGAAGGCAACAAGCCAGCUCGACCCCGGGCAAGCACGAAGCGGGUACCUUUUAUAUCUCGCAAUACCGGCGAGGACAAUCUUCCUCAGGAUGACUUGGCUGGACGUCCGAUUCGAAAUCCACGAGGUGUCAGCUUGCACGGCAAGUCUCAUGUCAGUCUGCGUGGUGUGCAGGCCUUCAGCCUAGUCAAGUCGAAUCGACGUCAGCCUAUCGCUCGAGACUGGUCACCAGUUCGGAAGAGAGCCAUCGCAACAGUAGCCUGCAUCAGUACAGCGCUCAUCGGCAUGAUAAUCGGCAUCUAUGCCGGCUUAGUACCUUCACUGCAGUACUAUAUUCUAGACACAAUAAUCCCCACCAAGAAGUCGUGGACGACUCUGAUCUUUGGCUUCCUCAUUGGCGCUGCGGUCAUCGAUCAACUCCCACCGGAUUUCGGAUUCUACGUCAGCAUCGCUCUGACUGCAAUCGCCCUUUUACUAAACACUUUGUGUCCAGAAGUGCGUCGCUCGGCGUUUCGGCGAUCGGUUGUUGAAGUCAGGACUGGCACGGAUAUCUCGCGGCGGGUUGCUCGCGGCGAGAUCAUGAUGCACCGUGUCAAGACUGGACCCAGGUGGUGGGGACAGGAGUUGUAUCAUGGCAUCGCUCUUUGCUUCGAGAUGCUUCGACAGCCUGGCUUCGCUGUCAUGGCUGUCUAUUCUGGUUGGAUUUACGCUCAAGUGGUUCUCAUUAUCGUCUUGUUGGGCUCACUGACUUCGAGGUUUUACCGAAUGCGAUCACCCUUCGUCGGACUCAUGGUCUCUGCAAUAGCAUUUGGCGCGCUCGCUGCUAUCCCGUUCCAAAAGGCCAGUUACUUUUCCAGAGCGAGGCAUACCCAAGUCAAUACCAGCCGCAUGACAUUCGACAAGCAGGUAACGUGGACAUCACACCUCCUUCGUCGAUCCAUCUUUGCCAUAGGUCUCCCACUCGCUGGGAUUAUCUAUACUUUGGUUUCAACGGGCCCACCGAUGCAUCCAGUCGCGCCUGCCAUCGUCGCCGCUGCUAUCGGCUUUCUCUCGUGCCUGGCAAUCUCAGAAUGCAACGGACUCAUCAUGGAAACCUUUGAUACCUCGGAUCUGCAAUCUGGAUUGACGGGUCGGCCUCGGGGUAACUCGGACAAUGCACAGAAGAAGAAGAACUACUCCUCGUACCCUCGUGUGACUGCAGGGUUUGCCGUUUGUCAUACCUUGGGAUUCAUAUUUGCAGCUGGGGCAACUGCACUAGGCGGCAUGGCUCAGAGAAACCUAGAGGUGGUGAUUAUCCCGGAGAGCAAGACCGAGGCGAUGGAUAGGUGGACAGCGGCGCGCAGAGAAUCUAUCAAACGUCGCUAUUCAAUGCCAACCGGGGUGAUGGGCGACAAAGAUGUCAUCGCCGAGGAAGAGCCAUGGCGCCCAUUCAUUGUUGGCAAUCCCACCAGCAAGACACGGCGAGUCAACGUUCUUGAGCUCGGGAGUCUAUCGCGAUUCACGGAGAUCAGGAAGAGAAAUAAACUCGUAGACGCCAACCAGCAUCUCAACCGAGAAGCUUUCGAUGCUGGGAUCGAUGCACUUGAUGACCAAAUCAGCGAUGUCAUGAGUGAUAUCGUUGAUGAUGUCAAAGAUCUCGAGAACGACUGGAAUCCAUAG